AUGAUAAUAUUCGAACUAUUAUUUAAUAAAGGAACUCGCGAACUUCUAUGUUUGGGGAACAAGUCGAAACAUGGUGAAGCUUGCGGAUUUAAAAUUUUGGUGACCCCAAAUUGUACAUGCAAAAUUUCUUCUUUACUUAAAUUGAUUUACAUCGACUUUAAAACAGCUAAAGAAACAACUUUUGACUAUCAAAUUAUUUUUGAUACAGAGCUUUCGACUCGGAUUGAUCCAAAUAAACUUAUAGAAAAGAAGAAACUUGGUGAAGGAUCUUUUGGAGUUGUCUAUUUAGGAGUUUUCAGUGAGCAGAAAGUCGCAAUCAAAAAAUUGAAAAUAGUCAAUGAAACAGAUGACAAACAACUUGUAUUUAUCUCAGAAAUUGAGAUGUUAGAAAAGUUUCAUUCUGAUUUUAUUAUCAACUUUUUGGUGCAUAUAGAAGAUAUGAUGAUUCAUAAGAAUCGUGGAGAUAUUUCAAAUCCAAUGAGAAACAAAUUUGUAUUUGAUGCAGCUCGAGGAAUUUUGUAUUUACAUAACAAUGGCAUUUUACAUAGAGAUAUCAAGCCGGACAACAUUUUAGUUGUAUCAAUGGAUUUUGAAACCAAAGUGAAUGCUAAAUUGACUGAUUUUGGAAGUAGUAGAAACAUCAACUUGUUGAUGACUAACAUGACUUUCACUAAAGGAGUUGGAACACCAAAGUACAUGGCGCCUGAAGUGUUGAAUAAAGAAAAAUAUCGAAUGCUAAGUGAUAUCUUCUCUUUUGCAAUUACCAUGUAUGAAAUUAUUAAUUGGGAAAAAUGUUACAACAAUAAAAAAUUUAAAUAUCCGUGGAACAUCGUCGAGUUUGUAGUCGCUGGUAAGCGACUUGAAAUUGGAAAUGAUAUGUCUAAUGAGCAUUUUAAAUUGAUACAAAGUGCUUGGAUUCAAAAUACCAAAGAGCGUGCGACUAUCCAACAAAUUGUUGAUGCUUUGCAAAACAUGAUGUAA